AUGCCCCGAUUCCACGAAAUCAAACCGGAACUAACCACCAUGAGCAGUGUUCUAGCCUUCCUGGUCUUGCUUCUGUGCCCCAGUUGUGUCCAGCUGCAGCAUGUUCGAGGAGGCCACAACAUGACGUUGCUUAAAUCCGUGCUUACAGUCAUCGCUGGACGUGAGCAUUGGCGGAAUACCCCCAUCUUCGUGGGACACAACACGAAUAUGGACGAUAUAAAUAGCCUGAUGAUGUGGCUGCACCAUAGCUUGGAGGUAACCUGCCACACGGUGGACACGUCGAAUCCUGCCCACAGGCAGCAGCCGCUGGGCCUUUACAACAUCAAUGCGGACAAUGGGGUCAGUCUACUCUUUUGCCAAAGCUCCCAGGAGAUUAUUUGGUUCAAUCUGGACAUGAGCCUGCGGCGUUUGCGCCGGAUUCGAUUGAUAGUCGUACUGCCCAAUGGAAGGAGUGGAUCAUACAAGGCUCUGAAUGGCAUAUUCCAGAGAUUGUGGCACUUUCAGUUCCUCAACGUUCUGGUUCUACACAAGGAUCAGGCCUACUCCUACACCCCCUAUCCAGUGGUUCGCUUCUACAAGUUGGACAUCAGUGAAUACCCGUUUUUUCCGCCCUUCACGCAGGACUUCAAGGGAUAUGUGGUGUCUACGCCGGUGGAGAACGACAUUCCGCGGGUGUUUGUAUUGAAAGAUCAGAAGACGGGAUGCAGACAGGUAAGGGGAUUCGGGUAUCGCACCUUCGUGGAAUACCUGAAUCGCCACAAUGCCUCGCUGUAUGUGACCAAUCCGCACCAAGAUCUGGCCACCACGAGUAGCGUGAAUAUGGGACGGAUGAUCCAGCAGAUAAGGGAUGGCCACUUGGAGAUAUCGCUGCAUCCGUAUGUGGACGUGCCGGAGAAUAUGGGAGAUCAUAGCUAUCCCCUGCUGGUGGCUACCAACUGCCUGAUCGUUCCUGUCAGAAACGAGAUUCCCCGUCACAUGUAUCUUCUGCUACCCCUCAAUCAGUGGAGUUGGCUGCUUCUCCUCGGCGCUGUGAUUUACAUCAGUGGGAUUCUCUACUGGGUUCAGCCAGGCCGGGAGCUUCGCACCUGGGACCAACGGAUGGGCUUCAACCUUUUGGACAGCAUCACCCGCAUGAUCUACAUCUGCUCCCCAGCACGGAUCUACAGACCAUCGCUGAGAUACUUUGUGGUGUCGCUUCAACUCACUAUCCUGGGAUUUGUGGUUACCAAUCUGUACAGCAUCCAGUUGGGCAGCUUCUUCACAACCCUAGUGGUCGGGGAGCAGGUGGAUAGCAUGGAGCAGCUCAUCGAGCAGCAACAAGAGGUUCUGGUGAAACACUACGAAGUAAGCACCUUGCUGCGGCAUGUGGAACCCCAUUUGGUGGACAGAGUGGCCCGGCUCUUGGUGGGUGUGAAUGCCAGUGAACAGGUCUCCGCCCUGCUGAGCUUCAAUCGCAGCUACGCCUAUCCAUUCACCCUGGAACGCUGGGAGUUCUUCUCCCUCCAACAGCAGUAUGCCUUUAAGCCCAUUUUUCGGUUCUCAUCCGCUUGCCUCGGUUCCCCGAUCAUUGGAUAUCCCAUGAAGAGAGACUGCCACCUGCAGUGGUCCCUCAACAAAUUUAUCAUGAGGAUCCAGGCCGCCGGACUGCUAAACCAUUGGAUUGUCUCCGACUUCAAUGAUGCCCUGCGAGCCGGUUAUGUUCAGCUCCUGGAUAAUGUCCUGGGAUUUCAGUCACUGGAUGUGGGCGCCUUGCGUCUGGGAUGGGUUGUCCUUGGAUGUGGCUGGGUACUAUCCGCUUUGAUUUUCUGUUGCGAACGCUGGCGGUUUUACCACCGACAUUAAAUCAUAAAAUUAAUUUGAAAUGCUGUGUUCUCUAAAACUAUAUUAAAUUUCCUAUAAACAAUAAUGGAAGCUAAUUUUGGGAAGAAUUGAAUAUUGAAUAUUGUAAACAUUAACUCUAACCGAAUUAAAAAUUAUAAUCGGUAGCAUACUUCUUGUCAGUAGCUUGAUCAGCUCGCUGACGUCAUUGGAAGUUUUGCACCAAGAUUAAUUCACUAUCUACUGACUUCUGUGCGCCUGGUGCUUUAACUCCAUCAGUUUGUACGGAAAAUGUAAAUUUUCAAGCCUUCUU